AACCUAUACAGUAUUUGUCCUUAUAGAUGGCCUAGACCUGUCAAUCUAUCUCUACAACUUGUUAACUAAGUAACACAUUGUACUAAUAAUUAAAUCUUAACAUUAAAACAAUUGUGCAUUUGUAUUUUAAUUUUAAAAUGUCUUCAUUCUCUCUCCCAAAAUCCAUUUCUAAAAUGUAUAUUCAUACUGGAAAUGUGUUAAAUGCCAAUGAUUUGACUCAAAAAGCUGGUCAAAACUCUACUGAAGAAAUUGUUGAAUGUUUGAAUACUUGUUUAUCAAACAGACCGUCACCUUAUUCAAUGAAUGAGAAAUCUUUUCAUUUAAAAUGUGAAGAGUGUUAUAAUAAUAAUAUUGAAGAAGAACAUGAGGCACUUAGAACAGGUGUUAAGAUAUUUUUAACAAGUAAUGAGGUUAAUCAUUUAGAGGAUGCAUUAAAAAAUUUAUUCCAAGAAUUAAAUUAUGGUGUCAUUGAUUCAGUCAUACUAGCUUUUAAUCAUGGAAAAGAUACUUUAUUGGCAGAUUUAUUAACAUUAUGGGCUGUACUGGAGAGUUAUGUUAACAAACAAAAGAUCACACGUAUUGGUGUGAGUGAUGUAGAUACAGAACUAUUUAUUUCAUUGUACAACAAUUCAAUAAUAAAACCAACAAUUGUUCAAAUCAAUCUGAAUUCAUGUUGUGUUGUACCUGCUUCAUUACAAGAAUUUACAAAAGAUAAUGAUGUGCAACUUUUAACUCAUAGCGAUUCAUAUGAAAUUUUACCACAUUCAUGUUUGGUUGAAAUAUUUGAAAAACAAUCUGAAGUUAAUCUGAGAACACCUAAACUUGAAUGGAUAAUAAGAUACUUAACUCAUGUCAAAUGUAGAGGAGUAUUGGCUAGUAAAGGAUAUAUUGUUUGUCUUAAAUGUUUAUAAAUUAAAAUGAAUUUUGUGACAAAUAUUAUAAUGCACAUAUAAUUCUAUUUUGAUAUACAUUAUGUUUAAUUACAAGUAGAACAAAUUUAAAUAUAGUUUUUAUAAUUAUUAUGCUUUUAAAUAUGUUAUGUACUUUUUUCAUUUCAAGGAUUUGGUUUAAAUUUAUUUUUUAAUAAUGGUAUAUCUACACAUUCUUCCAAUAUUACAUUUAUAACUACUUGAUAAGUAUUUUUUGAUAGUUUUUUUUAAAAAUUAUAUAGACAUAAUUUUAUUUAUAUUUCAAAAAGUUAGUUUGUUAUGUUACCUAAAGUGUCAUUAGAUUUUUAGAAUAUCUUUAUUAUAGAUGUUUAUUUGUGUUAUGAAAUACUCAUAAAAUAUUGCAUUGUAUAAACAUUAAAAAUAUUUUUUUAUUAUUAAAAAUUACAUGAUUAUAUUAUUAUUUUUAUAUUUUAACAUUUUGUGCUUAAAUAUUCAAAUAAAUAUUUUCCUUGUA